AUCACAGUCACGCGCAGCGUUUUUAACAGAGCCGGCUCGGGAACGCGCCCGUGAUGCCCACGAGCGCUGCCCACGUAGACAGUUCAGCGCGUUUCACCGACUUUUCUUCUGCAUGUCAUUCUGCGCGCAGCCUCGAUGUCGGACGCUUCUUAGCGGGGUGUGAUAUGCGCGCUCAUGUGAACGGACCCGUUACCCGUUACGACGCGAGCUCCGGUCAGCUUCGGGAACGAUGAUCGGUAACGAGCGGAGCUCACAGACGUCCAAGCCGCCUCAAGCAGCCUCACCUGCGGCUUUCCCGCUCAGCGCGUCCCGCAGGAGAUUUUCCCGGGUCGGGAGGAAACACAGCAAUGGAUCCGUCCAGUCCAGCUCAUCCAGCGGCACGGCCAGGUCGACGGAGAGCGUGGGAAUCCGGCAGCCGGCGAAGAGCAAGAUCCGGCGUCACCAGCACCGUCUGUCGGCGGUGUUCGGCCGCGGGCCCAGAGAAGCUUCUGGAGAGAUGACCGCCGCAGGAGAGGAGGCGCUGGCCGCAGACGACCCCUCCGAACUGUCCAAUCACGUCACGGCUCCAGGCGUUCUGAAGAUUUUUGGCACGGAGAUCUGUGAAGGAGCCAACUACAAGAGCGUGCUGGCCACGACGCGCUCCAGUGCCAGAGAGCUGGUUAAAGAGGCUCUCGCCAGAUACUCCCUGAGCAAAGAAGACGCCGAAGACUAUGUGUUAUGUGACGUGAUCGGCUGUAUUGGAAACCAGUGCUGGAGGACCGAAUGCGUUCGUGUGGUGGGAGACAAUGAGAAGCCGCUGCUGCUGCAGUCGCUCUGGAAACCCAAAGAAGGAUUCGCGCGGCGCUUUGAGAUCCAGCGCAAAGCCACCAUAGAAGAAAACAACUCUAAAGACCAGGACACCGUGACCGCUGGUAUAAACGCACAGGCGCGUAAGCUGCAGAAGACGCGCUGCAGAGGGAAGUCCGUGCCGCUGGACUUAUGCGUGAGUGACGACGGCAGACUCAAUCUGUUGAAGAGUCUCAGUGACACGGAUCUGACGGCUGAAGCUCAUAGCACCUGUACGGAGCAAACGCAGGAGGAGGACCCAGAGGCCGAGGCCGACAAAGCAACACAGUGUCCUGCUAAUGAACGUGAGGAGACGGAGAGCAGCGAUGACAGCGCCACACAGUAUUCCAUUCACCCGCCUCUGGACUUCCCAUACUUCCUGCUCCUGCAGGGCUUCAGUUACAGACAGGACUUUGUCAUCUAUGCUCUGAUCAAUAGCUGCUCAGUAUUCGGACGGCGCGUUGAAGAACCUCGCAGCGAGAUUGAGAGCGAUGCGAACCGCGUGAAUCUCUGGGCCCCCGAUCUCCUGCCCGAUCACUGCAGCGUCCGGCGUCUGGAGACCGGGACCCGACUGAAGCCCCUCCACGCGGCUAAGGUCAAGCGCAACGGAGCCGUCAUCCAGCACGAGGCGGAGCUGCAAUCAGGAGACCUCGUCGCUCUGGGAGAUCAUUACCUCUUCAUGUAUAAAGACCCCGGGCGUCCGAAGGCGGCGGUCAGUCAGACGGGCAGGCGGCCUGCUCUCUGUAGGUCGUGCGUGAGAGCGAGGGCCUGCUUCAGAGACGCGGACGGAGCGGAGCUGCUUCUGCCGUAUGAGCUGGAGCACGAGUCCAGGGUGCUGAAGGAGAUCUUCAGCGCGGUGGAGCGGGAUCCGGCCGCACACAAACUGACCGCCGCCUUCCUGCUGUGUCUGUGUCUCCAGCAGUCCGCCAGCCGCUUCUCAAUGCCGGAUCUCCGGCGGCUGCUGCUCAAGACGGCCGACCAGCUGCAGACCGUCGUAUGGGAAAAGGCAAAGGAACUCGCGGCUCUGCAGCCUGAAAUAAGUGAGUCAGACUCGGCGGACCGGGCUUCUGGCGCUGACAGACUGAUGCGGGGCCUGGAGCCGCUGGUCCUGUGGAUGUCCAACUCCGUCCAGAUCCUUCACUUCAUCCAUCAGGAGGUUCCUCGUCUGCUGCACGGAGUCUCUCAGGAGGAGGAGGAGGAGGAGGAAGACUGCAUUGGUAAAUCAGUCAGUGCCGAUGUGGGUGACGUGAUGUAUGUGUUCGCUUUGAGUAUUUGUGGUUAUAUUGCAGCGGUGCUGGAGCUGCGGCUCUCCUCGGUGCGCUCGGCCAGUGAGGAGGCCAUGACGGUGCUGGAGGAGGUCCUGAUGUUCACCUUCCAGCAGUGUGUCUACUAUCUCACCAAGAUGCUGUACCCUCUUCUCCCGGGCGUUCUGGACAGUCAUGCGUUCUCCGACAGCGGUCAGCUGCAGGUGUCGCCUGCGGUCCGAGGCGUGCUGGACGUCUGCGCUCAGAGUCUGCGUCUGCUCCGAGCGUUCCAGGUUCAUCCGGACGUGAGCGCUCAGCUCUUCUCCUACCUCUUCUUCUUCAUCAACGCCCUGCUCUUCAACCUGCUGAUGGAGAGAGGGUCCGGAGGGGCGUUUUACUGCUGGUCCCGUGGAGUCCAGGUCAGGGCCAACCUGGAUCUGCUGAUGGACUGGGCGGACGGAGCCGGACUCGCUGACCUGGCUCACACUUACCUGCUCAAGCUCUCCUCGGCCGUCAAUCUGCUGGCCACACCGAAGGAAAACCUCCUGCAGAUGUCGUGGAAGGCUCUGCGGAUGGAGUUCCCGUCUCUGAACGCGGCUCAGCUCCAUCACAUACUGAGAGAGUACGAGCCGCGCCGCUCCUGUCCGGCAGCGUGGACUCCGUCCGGAGACGAGGCCGGCCCCGCGCUCGCAACCGCUGAUCUCUUGGAGAGCUUCGAUCAGCAUCCUCCUCUCGUCCUCCCGACCGACGGCUUCGUGAUCCAGCUGAGAAGAGCCAUCGGUGACACGCAGCUCCUCGAACAGCUGGAGCGCUUCCAGAGAUUCAUCACAGAGACACCAUCUCCCCUGGUCUCAGCGGUGCCGAUGGAGGCCAAGCUCACUAAGAUGGAGCUUCAUCCCAAAGCUCAUCUGGAGGUGGGUCACACAGAAAUGGUGCUUCCUCGGUCAGGAGCGACCGACCUGGGCUCAUGUGAAGCUCUUUUAACCAAAAAGCUUCAGCAUCUUGAGCUUCAGAGUAAAGAUGGGGCCCGUCCGGCGCUGGACCCGUCGUGUUUGCUGACCCCGCCGAAUACGCCGCAGAACCUGGAGCUGAGCGACUCCGACACGGACUCGGUCAGAGCGGAGCAGGCUGACGGGCCGCUCUGCGCUCCCCGUCUCCACCGGAGCCGUGCGUGUCAGCGUCACGAAGCGGAGAUGGCUUGGUGCGUGUGUGCCGGCGAGAGCGAGGAGAACGAGACCGGAGAAGAAGAUGUGUUCGUGCUGGAGCUGCAGAGAGCAGCGUGCGGUUUGGGUCUGAUGCUGGUGGACGGAGAGGAAAGCCCGUCUGAUGCGAGUGGGGUUUACAUCAAAUCAGUGCUUCCAAACUCUCCUGCCGCUUUAUCCCGGAGGCUGAGAGCCGGCGACCGCAUCCUAGCAGUGAACGGACUGAGCCUGGCAGGAGUCGACCAUCACACGUGAGGAGAAUUACGCGGCCGCGAUCUCAUUCGGACGUCUGGAGAAAGGCCUCGGCUGCUGGUCGCCAGAUCUCACAGGACAAAACCGUCUGCAUGAACCUUUCUGUUUCAAAACUCUGCUUUUGUUCUUUAUAUAGAGACGCGUGAGGAGCGUGAUGGACAAUAAUUGCCAAAAUCUGCUUUUUUAACAUCUGUUUUUAUAUGUACAGGUCGCCUUUUGCAAUUUUUUUUUUACAUGUUUGUGAGCGUUGCUGCAUUUUAAGAAUAAAAUAUGUAAAUGAUUAUAAUAA